AUGGUAAUUCACAGUGCUUUUCCAGGCGAUAAGUCGACAGCAUCAAGGACCACACCGCCAGUAGAAGAUCUGCAGGAAGCAGUGUCCCCUGCACACCUUGCCCCCUGCACACCUUGCCCCCUGCACACCUUGCCCCCUGCACACCCUGCACACAGUUCCCCCUGCACACUCUGCCCCCUUCACACCCUGCCCCCUGCACACCCUGCCCCCUGCACACCCUUCCCCCUUCACAACCUGCCCCCUGCACACAGUGCCCCCUGCACACCUUGCCCCAUGCACACCUUGCCCCAUGCACACCCUGCACACAGUGCCCCCUGCACACCCUGCCCACCCUUCCCACUGCACACCUUGCCCCCUGCACACCUUGCCCCCUGCACACAGUGCCCCCUGCACAACCUGCCCCCUGCACACCCUUCCCCCUUCACACCCUGCUCCCUGCACACCCUGCCCCCUGCAAACCCUGCCCCCUGCACACCCUUCCCCCUUCACACCCUGUCCCCUGCACACCCUGCCCCCUUCACACCCUUCCCCCUGCACACCCUUCCCCCUUCACACCCUGUCCCCUGCACACCCUUCCCCCUGCACACCCUGCCCCCUUCACACCCUUCCCCCUGCACACCCUUCCCCCUUCCCACCCUGUCCCCUGCACACCCUUCCCCCUGCACACACUGCACACGCUGCACACCCUGCACACCCUGUCCCCUGCACACCCUGUCCCCUGCACACCCUUCCCCCUGCAAAUCAUUCCCCCUGCACACCCUUCCCCCUUCACACCGUGCCCCCUUCACACCUUGCCCCAUGCACACCUUGCCCCAUGCACACCCUGCACACCCUGCCCCCUGCACACCCUACCCACCCUUCCCCCUGCCCACCCUUCCCCCUGCACACCAUUCCCCCUGCACACACACACCCCUGCACACUCUGUCCCCUGCACACCCUGCCCCCUGCACACCCUUCCCCCUUCACACCCUGUCCCCUGCACACCCUUCCCCCUGCACACCCUGCCCCCUGCACACUAUUCCCCCUUCACACCCUGUCCCCUGCACACCCUGUCCCCUGCACCCCCUGUACACCUUGCCCCCUUCACACCCUUCCCCCUGCACACCUUGCCCCCUUCACACCCUGCCCCCUGCACACCCUGCCCCCUGCACACAAUUCCCCCUUCACACCCUGUCCCCUGCACCCCCCGCACACCCUGCCCCCUGCACCCCCUGUACACCUUGCCCCCUUCACACCCUUCCCCCUGCACACCUUGCCCCCUUCACACCCUGCCCCCUGCACACCCUUCCCCCUGCACACCCUUCCCCCUUCACACCCUGUCCCCUGCACACCCUUCCCCCUGCACACCCUGCCCCCUGCACACCCUGUCCCCUGCACCCCCUGCACACCUUUCCCCCUGCACACCUUGCCCCCUUCACACCCUGCCCCCUUCACACCCUGUCCCCUGCACACCUUGCCCCCUUAACACCCUGCCCCCUUCACACCCUGUCCCCUGCACACCCUGUCCCCUGCAUCCCCCGCACACCCUGCCCCCCGCACACCCUGCCCCCUGCACACCCUUCCCCCUGCACACCCUUCCCCCUUCACCCCCUUCCUCCUGCAUACCCUGCCCCCUGCACACCCUUCCCCCUUCACACCCUUCCCUCUGCACACCCUGCCCCCUGCAAACCCUGCCCCCUGCACACCCUUCCCCCUGCACACCCUUUCCCCUGCACACCCUGUCCCCUUCACACCCUGUCCCCUGCACACCUUGCCCCCUUCACACCCUUCCCCCUGCACACCUUGCCCCCUUCACACCCUGCCCCCUUCACACCCUUCCCCCUGCACACCCUUCCCCCUGCACACCCUUCCCCCUGCAAACCUUGCCCCCUUCACACCCUUCCCCCUGCACACCUUGCCCCUGCACACCUUGCCCCCUGCACACCCUGUCCCCUGCACACCCUUCCCCCUGCACAUCCUUCCCCCUGCACACCCUUCCCCCUUCACACCCUGCCCCCUGCACACCCUGCCCCCUGCACACCCUUCCAAAUGCACACAUUGCCCCCUGCACACCCUGCACACAGUGCCCCCUGCACAACCUGCCCCCUGCACACCCUUCCCCCGCACACCCUGCCCCAUGCACACCCUUCCCCCUUCACACCCUGCCCCCUGCACACAGUGCCCCCUGCACACCUUGCCCCAUGCACACCUUGCCCCAUGCACACCCUGCACACAGUGCCCCCUGCACACCCUGCCCACCCUUCCCCCUGCACACCCUUCCCCCUGCACACCUUGCCCCCUGCACACCCUUCCCCCUGCACACCUUGCCCCCUGCACACCCUUCCCCCGUACACCCUGCCCCCUGCACACCCUUCCCCCUUCACACCCUGCUCCUUACACACACUUCCCCCUUCACACCCUGGCCCCUGCACACCCUGCCCCCUGCAAACCCUGCCCCCUGCAAACCCUGCCCCCUGCACACCCUUCCCCCUUCACACCCUGUCCCCUUCACACCCUGUCCCCUGCACACCUUGCCCCCUUCACACCCUUUCCUCUGCACACCCUUCCCCCUUCACACCCUGCCCCCUGCACACCCUGUCUCCUGCACACCCUUCCCCCUGCACACCCUUCCCCCUGCACACCCUGCCCCCUGCACACCCUGCCCCCUGCAAACCCUGCCCCCUGCACACCCUUCCCCCUGCACACCCUUUCCCUUGCACACCCUUCCCCCUUCACACCCUGUCCCCUGCACACCUUGCCCAUUUCACACCCUUCCCCCUGCACACCUUGCCCCCUGCACACCCUUCCCCCUGCACACCCUUCCCCCUGCACACCCUGUCCCCUGCACACCCUUCCCCCUGCACACAGUGCCCCCUGCACCUUCUGCACACCCUUCCCCCUGCACACCCUUACCCCUUCACACCCUGCCCCCUGCAUACCCUGCCCCCUGCACACCCUGAACACCCUUCCCCCUGCACACCUUGCACACCCCUUCCCCCUGCACACAAUCCCUGCAGCUCCUUCUGCAUUCCAUCUAUUUGUUAA